AUGAACACCAAUGUCUGCGUGGAGCCCGGGCCGAGCCCGGAGGCCCCGGGCUUGCCCAAGGAAAGCCACCUGCCCGAGGGGUCCCUGAACAGCCUUGUGGAUUACAACUCGGAGAUGGAGCGCUACCGCUCCUUUGCCACCUCCUUCUACAAGACCAACGGGGGCGCCUUCCCGCAGGCCGCCAAGAUCGCGCGCAUCACCACCCCCAUCUUCCCCAGCAGCGCCGCCGCCGCCGCGGCCGCCGCGCGCAUCGGCAUGUCCCCCUGGAACUGCGACAACGCGGCCACCGCCGCCGCCGCCACCGCCAUGCUCUGGGGCAGCGGCGGGGGCGGGGGCGGCGGCGGGGGAGGCGGCGGCGGCGGUGGCGGGGGCGGUGGGGGCGGCAGGAAAUCCUCCUCCGCCGCCGCCUCCUCCUCCGCCUCCUCCUCGGCGAUCCUCCCCGCCGGCGGUGGCGGUGGUGGCGGCGGCGGUGGCGGCGGCGGCGGCGGCGGCGGCGGCAGGACCAGCAUGCACCACCGAAACGACUCCCAGAGGCUGGGGAAAGCUGGCUGCCCGCCAGAGCCAUCGUUGCAAAUGGCAAAUACUAAUUUCCUCUCCACCUUAUCCCCUGAACACUGCAGACCUUUGGCGGGGGAAUGCAUGAACAAGCUCAAAUGCGGCGCUGCUGAAGCAGAGAUAAUGAAUCUCCCCGAGCGCGUGGGGACUUUUUCCGCUAUCCCGGCUUUAGGGGGCAUCUCAUUACCUCCAGGGGUCAUCGUCAUGACAGCCCUUCACUCCCCCGCAGCAGCCUCAGCAGCCGUCACAGACAGUGCGUUUCAAAUUGCCAACCUGGCAGACUGCCCGCAGAACCAUUCCUCCUCCUCCUCGUCCUCCUCAGGGGGAGCUGGCGGAGCCAACCCGGCCAAGAAGAAGAGGAAAAGGUGUGGGGUCUGCGUGCCCUGCAAGAGGCUCAUCAACUGUGGCGUCUGCAGCAGUUGCAGGAACCGCAAAACGGGACACCAGAUCUGCAAAUUUAGGAAAUGUGAAGAGCUAAAGAAAAAACCGGGCACUUCGCUAGAGGUCAGAGGAGAUGAUUUCUUGUUUCCCAGUCUCCCCCCUUCCCUCCUCACUCCCCUCUCCUCUCCCCUCCAGGGCUUCUUGUCCGGCUUCAAGAUGCAGUCCCCUUUUCCUGAAGCUUCAUUCAGGUUGUAA